UAGAUAGAUUGAUUGAUAGAUAGAUGGAUGGAUGAUGUACAGUGCUAGUUAACAAGUUAGAUAAAUAGACACAUAAAUAGAUAAGACAGCCUUGAAUGACUGUGCGGCAUUACGCUGAAGAAAAUGUCGACAGACUGAACAGCAUGUAAUUGAUGAUCCGGCGCCAGCAGGUGGCAGCCCUUCAGCUCCCGAGUUCUUCUCACGCCUGUUUCUAUGCAACUGUAAACAAUGAAACUGAAGGGGUUUGUUCUCUUUACCAAGCAAAUGUAAGGCGGCUCAUUGUUUCUGUCGUUUUCAAAAAAAUGGCCUAUUCACUGUCGCCAAAGAAGGCUGGUCUGCCACGAGAGGUUUUGAAAUGGCUGCAAAGUCUUGAUUUAUCGUUUUUCCCAAAAAACGUUCGCAGAGACUUCUCCAAUGGAUUCCUCGUGGCAGAAAUAUUUUCCUGGUACUUCCCAAGGGAUUUUCAAAUGCACUCCUUUGAUAAUGGAACUUCAUUAGCUGCCAAACAGUCAAACUGGUCCCAGAUUGAGAAAUUUUUUGUGAAGCAAAACAUCAGUCUGUUCAAGGAGAUGAUAGAUGGCACAAUCCACUGUAAACCUGGAGCUGCAGAGCUUCUUGUACAGGAGAUUUACACCAUCCUGACCAACAGAAGUAUCCAGGCCAUCCAGAGGGUGGAGCAAGGCUUCACAGAUAAACCUUAUCAAGACCAGUUGCCUAUGGUGGCCCGAGCCACAGCCUCAGUGUCCAUAAAGAGCAACCUGAGUCUCACUGAGGUUAAAGCUGAACCAAACAUCAUCACCAACCAGCGCAAGGUCCUCGCCAUCAUACACAGGCAUUUAGAACAAAGAAAAGAGGAAAGAGUCCUAGACCCAAAACGCUUUAAUGUUAAGCCCACUCUUGGAGAACAGGCUGUCAGAUUGUUAGCCCACCAGCAUGAGCCAAACCUACAGAUGAACACCAGUCAAGCGGCUUGUUAAGUGCCUGCCUUCCCAACAAGAGGAUGAGAUAUGUUCAGUGGCGUCUGGAAUCAGAAGCGAUGCAUUGCAGAUAUUGGAUGCAAAUUGUGAGACUGUUUGAGGUAGAUAUCCAACAAAUGUCUUCAAAGCACAUUUCAGAAUAAGGCCCUUGAGUUUUGAGGAUAAGGUUGA